CCACAAACCAGUUGACUGCUACCCGACAAAAUGGCGACUUUCUUUGGCGAAAUUGUACCAUCAUUUUCAAGAGCUGUAGACGAUGACGACGAUGAUAUCGACAGUGAAUACAUUGAGACGACGAGCGUGAGAUGGUCCCCUGUUGUGCAAGCCGAACGUCUCACAACUCCAGACCAGAAGGUUCCAUGUCAGACUUUAGUCAUCGCUAUUGGCCCGGCUGCUGCAGGUUUUGUGCAGGCCUAUAUAUUGACUGAACAGUUCUACGUUGUGGGAGCACUUUUCAGUGGGAUGUCAGACAAUGAUGUGAACACCUUUGAUCAGACAGCCCCCUCUGACAAAACUUGCUACAUAUAUCGGUCCAGAAGUAACGACCAGGCUUACCUGUGUCUGUGCAAAACAGAUGUUUCAGAUGAGCAAUGUUACUCAUGGGCAGAUCAGUUGUUUUCCUGUCUGAGCACAGACUCCCCAAGCCUGUAUGCUAGCAUCCUGUGUUCGACAAUGUUGAGUGAGUACCGCAGUGAUGUGCCUGUGUCAGAGCUUGAAACACCGUUCCUGCGGGCUCUCAAGACCGGGCGCUUUGCUGGGACACCUGUGUGCCCCUUCCUUGAGCAGCCCAAUCUCCUGUCUGGCCUGGCAGCCCAGUUGUUGACGGUCCUACAGGCACGUGACGUAAAGGCAGUGCUGUACGUAUGCUACACAGACUGUCUCUACCUGGACUCAGAAACCAUGGCUGUGUUCAGACCCCUCCUCAAGACCACCCCCAUCAAGGACAUAUACCAGGGGAACACUAAAGCUGAGGAAGUAAUGAGACAUAUAGUGGACUCCUACUCCUUGAAGAACUCUCUGUACAUGUAAUGUGCACACCUGAGCUGUGUUAACAUCUACAGGUUCUUCAAGUCCCAAAGGAAGGCUAUCACUCCAAGUCAGCUGUACACCUUGUCUGAGCAUGACCAAGACUAGCCUGGAGCUGUAUUGGUCACUUGUAUAAGCUCUGAGGCACAUGACAGUGUGUUGUGACUGUUAUGUCACCUGGGCUUGUGAUAUGGUGCUGGUCAUCAUAGGUCACUACACGUUUGGUUGAUCACAAAUAAAAUAAGUGCUGUA